GUAUCGAACUCAGUCGGCUGUGUCGUUGAGUUUGACUAUGGCUAAUCGUGAGAGAUGCAAUUAAACGUGACUACAUCUUAAGACUAUCUUAGAGUAACGUUCGUUUGAUAAUUUGCGAAUAGUACGCCGAGAUCGUUCGCCCCCGAAAAGCUAUCGUUAUCUCAUUUUUCAAGGACUGUCGUUUUAACAUAUCAUCGUCGUCAUGCCACAAAGCGUGAACUCGAGAAUUGAUUCGUACAUGAAUAAAUGUCGCGCUUGCAUGAAGAGAGACAGCAAGAUGCUGCCCAUGUACGAUAAUACCGUUAGUUGGAUCAAUUUACCGUACAAGCUCGCGCAGCUCACUUCUGUCAAGAUUGAUCAAUUUGAUGGGUUACCUAACAUGCUCUGUUUAAAGUGUGCAUAUCGAACGCAUGCUCUAUAUAACUUCAGACUAGAAGUGCAAGAAUCAGACAAGAAACUCAGAAUGAUGUAUGAAACUGAAAUGACUACUACCAAGGAAGAAAAGUUAAAUGUUAAGAAAGAAAAAAAUGCUAUGCAAACAGAUGGAUCUUUGGAAUUGAAUAUAUCAAGUGAUGUAAAGACUGAACAUCAUACUGUAGAUGAUACUUUCGAAUUUGUAGACAUUGAAACAACAGAUGAGAUGGACGAACAACAAUCUGAAAUUAAUGUAUCUCAAUUGGUUGAAAAUAAUGGGGAUGGUAAAGAGAACUCGCAGUUGAAUGAUAUUUUUUAUAAUAUUAUUGAAACUAACGAGGAUGUCCAUUUGACGAAAACCGAUUUACCUGAAGAAAUUUCAAAAAUGUUUACAGACAAUGUAUAUACAAUAAUGUAUAUACCAAAAUCUGCGAUUGAGUCGAUGUCUAUGGAGAACACGUUAACACUUGAGCCGAAGCAAGAAGAAAUUGUAAAUAGCAAUGGUACAUUUAUCCCUGAAGAAGAAAUCUUGGCCGAAAUAAAUGAAGAAACCUCAAACAGUGUGUGUAUUUCCAAUCCAGAACCUAAUACGAUGAGAAAGAAUAAAUGUACCUAUUGGGAACAACUUGAAACAUCAGUAAUAGACGUUGAGGAACAAGAAGAAUGUAAUGACACGCUUCGAAACAGAAAUAAGGAAGCAAAGCUCAAUGAGAGUAUUUCUAACAUUGAAUCUAUCAGAGUAGAGGACAGUGAUGGAUCUGAUUCAGACUACUUUGUUGAUGGUAAAGAUAAUGUAUUAGGCAGUGUGAGUGAUGCGAUUAUACGGAUAAAAGAAGUGCAGCAAGAAAAUGGGAUUGAAUACCAAUGCACGUUAUGUCUACAGAACUAUAAUCAAUUAACUGAUAUAUUAUUGCAUACUAUUGACAAUCAUGUCCCUUUCAACGGUCCAUUCUUUUGUAUGGUGUGUGAAAAGGAUUGCAAAAGUCAUCGAGAGCUGCGAACACAUGUGAAAACACACACUGGCGAGUUUCCAUAUUCCUGCUUUCUUUGUCAAAAGGCAUAUAAUAGAAAAAGAUAUCUGAAGAGGCACAUGGCAUGCCAUCCCAAUUUUUCACGGCAUCGCUGCCUGAAGUGUGGUUGCCGCUUUAAAUCAAAAUCAGAAUUGGAAAGCCAUGCAACGACACACGACCAUGCCACACCCUACACUUGCAAUCAAUGUACGCGUGUAUUUAAUCAUAAGGGCAAUUACAAACGGCACUUGAUGAGCCAUUUGGAUCCACAGGGUCUUUAUUUACCUAAAUAUCCGUGCAAUUACUGUGACAAACGUUUUCCUAACAAUCGUACACUGCAAACGCAUAUACGCGUACAUACUGGCGAAAAACCGUUUCAAUGUGACGUUUGUCAAAAAUCAUUCUCACAACGAGGCAACUUAUUGAACCACUUAAAAAUACAUUCGAAUCCUCGCAGUUACACAUGUGAAGUUUGCGGCAAAAGCUUCAAUCAACGUGCUACGUUACGAGAUCAUGGAUUAUUGCACACAGGUGAAAAGCCUCACGUAUGUAAUGUAUGUGGAAAAGCAUUUACGGUUAGUGCAGCGUUGAGGAGGCAUAUGUUUAAUCACGUUGAAGGCAAGCCAUUCAAUUGUGCAAAUUGUGGCAUGGGAUUCACUGGUAAAUACGAUUUACGACGACACAUGCGAGUACAUGAGAACCGACCUAAGGAAAAGCGUAAAAGGAACACAAAAACAACGAAUUUUCUUCAGCAAAAAUCAGAAGAAAGUCAAGUUGUGUUGGUAGAACCGAAGACCGAGACUGUGCUCAUAGAAAUAGAAGAAGAGUUUUUAUCACAAAACAUUGAACAGACCAUACCUCAAGUUGAAUCAGAAAAGGAAAAUGAGGAUGCACUAUUUAAUCUUCAAUCUUAUUCUAUACAAUACAAUUGA